AUGGAUGAAAUACUACUUAAUGUCCGUUAUUUUAAAGUUCCACAACUUAAAGCACUAAGUAGAGCAUGUAAGCUUAGUGCUAAUUACAAAAAAGCAGAACUACUUAAAAAUUUAGAGGUACUGUUUGCAAGUUUUGAAAGGGAUACAAAUUCAUUUCAAACUUAUGUGAUAUGUUUACAAUAUUUAAUUGAAAAAUGUAAAGAAGGUGAGCAGUUACCGCCAUUAGAUGAAUUAGUUACAGCUAAAUAUUAUAAUAAAAGUUUAGAUUCUGUACAUACUAAACAAAAACGCCCCUCGUAUGCAAAUUCCACUACGUCAACAUCAAUAAAAACAAGAGAUAAAGCAAUGAUGAGUCCCUAUGCUAAUACUAUUCAUUUUGAAGAAUCACCAUUUUAUAAAUUGGAAAAAUUGAUACCUGAAUCUGCUCAGAAAAUUUAUGUGACUAAUGGUAGAGGAACUUGUAACAUUAAAUUUCAAUUAAACAAAGAUGAAUUCCAUUCAUUACAAAUAGAUCAAAAAACAAGAUUAUAUUUAUUAUGUGGAAUGGUUAACGUUUUGGGUACAAGAGGUAAAGAGACUAUUCAAUUUCCAAGUCCUAAUGAAAUUCAAAUGAAUGGACAAGUUGUAAAAGCAAACGUAAAAGGGAUUAAAAAUAGAAAAGGUACGACGAAACCUGUAGAUAUUACACAGUAUCUUAAAAAGGAUAAUAGCUUAAAUUUUUUCCAAUAUAUUUAUGCAUUUACCGUCACAGAAUUCCUCAUUUAUCUAUAUAUUGUCAAAGUAAUUUCACCUGAAGAAAUUCUCAAACAGAUUUUGAAACAACCAAAAAUUUUAAAAGCUGCAACAUUAUAUUAUUUGGAACAAACAAUAGAUGCAGAUGCAGAUGCAGACAUUGUUACUACAUCGGCCGUCAUGAGUUUGAAUUGUCCAAUUUCAUAUAUGAGAAUGAAGUAUCCUGCCAAAUCAAGUUCUUGUAAGCAUUUACAAUGUUUUGACGCAUUAUGGUUUUUACAUUCUCAAUUACAAAUUCCAACAUGGCAAUGUCCGGUCUGUCAAAUACCGAUUAAAGUGGAGCAAUUAGCAAUUAGUGAAUAUGUUGAAGAAAUCCUACAGAAAUCUGAUGAAAAUGUGGAGCAAGUAGAGCUUUUUAAAGAUGGUCGUUGGGCACCAAUCUUUGACGAAAAUCAGCACGGUAGUGAUUCUGAGUCUGAUGGAGAAACACCAUAUGGUGUUGCAAAAGAUAAUCAACAAAAAACAUCCUCAGUGACAAAAAAUGAAGAGGCAGGACCUAUUGUUAUUUCAUUAGAUAGUGACGAUGAUGGAGAAGGAGAAGGGUCGGCUACAAAUCAGAAAGAUAUAACACAAUAUAACGCAAAAGAUGACACUAGUUCGAAACAAGGCACAUAUAUUGAUAAUAAUAAUAAUAAUAAUAAUAAUAAUAAUAAUAAUAAUAAUAACUACUCUAGAAGUUUGGAUCCUAAAGGUAACCCUAAUACACCUCUUAAAGGAAGUUUUAAUACAGAUUCAAGCUCGAAUAAUUUGAAUUAUCCAGCAACUAGAACUUCCUUUGUUGUCGAAGAAACUUCAAUAAAUUCCAAUUAUAGUACACCUCUUAGAGAAAAGGAUCUCGAAAAACGUCAUCCAAGUAUAUUAUACAAACAAAUCAAAUUUCCUCAAUAUUUACAAAGUAAACCAUUAAAUGAUAAUACCUCGACAGAUAUAUUGGAACCUCAUUCAAAUAAGGAUAUUGGGCAUACGCCAAAUGUCGAGAGAUUAUCUAGUACUUCUUCUCAGUCAACAGUUAUUAUGACUGAUCCUUCAACUGCGUUAUCAAAUCAGCAACAAAUCUACUCAAUGAGUGGUAUCUCUACACAAAAUGAUAUAUCAAGUAAAUUGGAAGGUAUUUCAAAUCAACCAUCUGUAGAACCACCAGUAAGGGAACAUGGAGAACCUCAAAAUUCAAAUAUAGAAGAACCUGAAAGAGAUGUUUCUAAAUUACCAAUUAUUCCUAUUUUACCAUCCCUUAAGAUUGGUGACAAUACGACAAAUAGUUUAGAUAAAUCAUUUGAACCCUUACAAAGUUAUGAGAAAACAUCAGUUGUUGAAUCUUCUAUAAUGAAGAAACCAAUUGUCGCGCCAUUUCAACCUAGGAGGAAUUAUUCAACUACUAUUCCUCAAAAGAGACACCUUUCCAGCUCAUCUGUUUCUAGCAUACCAAGCAAAGAGAACAAUCCUUAG